UCUAACACGUCAAAAGUGAAGUCAAAUGCAAAUGGAUUUGAUGUGCAAGGUCUUGAAUUGAAAUCUUCAAAUCAAUUAUAUUCGGAAUAAAACAAUGUUGGAGGUCUAAAAUUGUGUGAAUAUUUACGCAAACGAAGCUACCAAAAUGAAGCCAUUAAUAGAUUUUGAUGAGUGCCUCAGAGAUUCGCCCAAAUUUAGGGAACAGCUGGAGACCGAAGAGUCAAGCAUUGAUUCAUUGGAACAGAAGCUAGAUAAAGUUCUAAAAGCAUGUAGUAUUAUGAUAGAAUCUGGCAAAACAUACAUGAGUCAUAGAGGGACUUUUACAAACGCACUGUGGGAUUUAAGUGGAAGUUUCUCAGAAGACCCUGCAGUGAUGACAACACUGAACCGCAUGAUACAUGCAUUGCAAGAAAUGAACAAGUUUCACUCUAUAUUGCUGGAUCAGGCAUCACGGACUGUACUCAAGAAUCUCACUGCCUUCAUCAAAGUGGAUAUAAAAGGUGUUAAGGAGAGUAAACAUCACUUUGACAAAAUUUCAAAUGAUCUGGACAUAGCUUUAACAAGAAAUUCCCAGGUGUCACGCAGCAAAGCCGGCGAUGUGGAAGAGAUCGUCAACCUGCUGGUGGCCACUCGCUCGUGUUUCCGACACACUGCUCUUGACCACGUGCACAAGAUCACCAUGUUGCAAGCUAGGAAACGACAUGAGGUGCUUGCCACGUUCCUGUCGUACCUACAAGCGUGCUGCACCUACUACCAUCAAGGCGCCGACCUGUCUGAAGACUUGGAGCCCUUCCUCAAAACCACUGCCGACGAAGUUUCAACAAUGCGUAACGACACCAAGUCACUUGACAAAGAGAUGGAGAAUCGGCACACGAUUGUCAACAGUAAAGACACAGUACUGCCGAGCUGCAACGCCAACCAGGCGGACGGCGAUUGCAAAGACGGUUCCCUGGCGAGCCCGUGUCUUAAAAACUUGCCAAGAAUGCAAGGAUACUUGUUCAAACGGACAUCAAACGCGUUCAAAACAUGGAACAGAAGAUGGUUCUAUUUGUAUGACAAUAGACUGGUGUAUAGCAUUCCGGGUCGCAAGCAGACGAACCAUAUACGCAAAAAACGGACGGGCGAGUUAAAUGUGACGUCAAUGGAAGAUGACUUGAGACUAUGUACCGUGAAGCCAGUGCUGGAUGGAGAGAGACGGUUUUGCUUCGAAGUUUUAUCCCCAUCCAAAAGCCACAUGCUACAAGCUGACUCUGAAGAGAUGCUGAACGCGUGGAUCACUGCGUUGCAGAACGGGAUACGAACAGCUAUACAACAGGGGCAGAGUCGGGACAACACUCAGUCGCAACUCGUGUUAGUAAAGGACGAGCACAGGAACGACAGUGAUAACGUCACCAAUGUGCGCAUGAAGAAAGUUAGAAUAUGGGAGCAACUACUGAGCAUUCCCGGGAACAACAACUGCUGCGACUGCGGCAGCCCCAAUCCGAGAUGGGCGAGCAUCAAUCUCGGGAUCACACUUUGUAUUGAAUGUUCAGGCAUACACAGGUCCCUGGGAGUCCACAUCAGCAAAGUUAGAUCGCUCACGUUAGACGACUGGGAACCGGAUAUAAUCAAGGUAAUGGCAGAGUUGGGUAAUAAAGUAGUGAACCUGAUAUACGAGGCUAACACAGAGGGCACCACCGUCACGCGAGCAACGCCAGAUUGCGAAACGUCAGUGCGCGAAGCGUGGAUCCGCGCGAAGUACGUGCACCUGUCGUUCGUGAAGGACAUCGUCCGCGACCACGCGUCCGCCGCCCGGCGCUGGUCCGUGCGCCGUCCACGCCGCAGGACACGUGCGCCUCCCACACUUCCGGAGACCAUAAACGAUGAAAAGAGUGACGUGAACAGCAACACUAGUGUUUCGGAAAGUUCAAGUAAAUCGGAUCCGGAUAGUCCAAUUUUGGUGAUCGGCAAAGAGUUGUCAAAUGAAAGGAGUAUUGACCUUAGUUUGCCUUCCGAUCACGAGUCCACUGAAGAAGAGGACCGGGACGAUUCGGACGCGGUGACGGAGGACAUGAGCGGGCUGUCGGCGUCGGCCGUACUGCGGCGCGCCGCUCGCGCUCGCAGCGCGCGCGUGAUGCUCGGCGCGCUGGCCGCGGGCGCGGACGCGCGUCAGCCGCUGUUGCUGCACCACGCCGUGCUCGGCGGUUCAGUAAUGGCGUGUUCGUUUCUGCUUCUGAACGGAGCUAAACUGAACGUACAGGACGAGGAUGGGAAAACUGCUCUGCAUCUAGCCACAGAGGCCGGACACACAGGACAGGUAUGUCUGUUACUGCGGUACCGCGCGGACCAAUCGAUCACGGACAACGAGGGACAGACCCCGCUGGACAUCGCGGUCAAACAUGCCAACGCUGAUAUUGUUACCCUACUGCGACUGACGAAGUUGAACGAAGAAAUGCGCGAAAGCGAAAUGUCAUCAAACGACGACACAUACAACGAGGUGUUUAGAGACUACACGCAGCUGGCGCACUCCCACCCGGAGAGACUCGUGCGCAGGCACAACAAUAACGCUGGCGAACAGGCGAGCGACUGACGAAGCCUAAACAUCACAAGACGGCGUUGGCUGUGGUAACCCGACGACGUGAAAUCGACUGAAAGCUUAACUUCCAUCGAACUAACGUUGACAUGUGACAUGUUGAUGCCUGCCUACGCAUAAUUUUGUAAGUAACCAAAAUCCAUAUGUUGCCAGCAUUUAUAUAUUCCUGAUUUUUUAUAUAUAUUUAGAUGUCGAAAUAUAUCAAUGAGGGAAUACGCGACGCGAACGUGAGGUUGUUCACGCUGUUGUCAGAGGUGUCAUGUGAUUGACAAAUAUCAUACUCAUCUUAAAAUGUAAUUUUUUGUCACUUACAAAAUUAUGCGUUGAAGGCAUCGGUCUGUAAUAAAGUAUUUCGAACACGAUGAUGCCAAUGUAUAUAAUAAUAAUGAAUUUCGUACGAUGAUUGCAAGAUUUGUAGGACCCAAUAUAUUGAGUACAUUUUACACUCGCAUUUUUGCGGCCUAUUAUAUCUAUAGCAUUCUUAAUCGCGAAUUGUGUUUAUUAAAUCUAAUAAAAUUUUACUAUGGUAUAAUCCGAUAUUAUCACUACUUGUUCUGCUUCGAAUGAAAUGUUAAAUUGUUCCUAAGUUACUAAAAUAUAUAUACUAAUUUUCGACUUCACUGUCAAAUUUACUAUUGAAAUCGUUGUACUAUUAGAGAUUUCCAAAAUUUUGAGGCUUUUCUAAAUACAAACUUCACCCCUCAGCUGCCAAAUUUCACUGUACACAUUGUUAUGAUUAGGGAAAAUGUUGUGAUUGUCUUCCUAAAUUUUAUUCUUUAAGGUGAAAUGUUGAACUUUAUUUUAUAACCAGUUCAUAAUUAGGAUGAUUCCUAGACAAUAUAUAAAAUAUUUGACACAAAAAAACAAAACACUAAAAAUAAUGACAUUUCAGUUGAUCAUUUAUUUAGGUACAUGAUUAAACUAUUUUCUAAUUCUUAUUAAGAAUGCUUUUGACACGGAAAAGUGUCAUCACUUCGACAUCACUGGAAUACAAUUUCCAUACAAAUUGUUGUUUUUGAUAUUAAAAAAUAUAUCUAAUAAGACUUGUUAAAAACUAGCCUAUUGUGCACUUUUGAUAUACUAGAUAGAUAUUUCUCUUUCUGCUGUUGAAGAUAGAAAGAGAACGAAAUCGUUGUAUUUUAGCAAACCAAAGAUUUUAUUAUUGGCGUCGUUGGAAUAUAAUUAUUAUAACUUAUAUAGUUGACUUAUUGAUUAAGCUAUGUAGUACAGAUGCGAUAAUUAAAGUUAUGUAGAUAUGAGAUAACCGAUAACAACAUAUUUUCAAUGUUUAUUUGUUGUAUCGUAAUUCUGUACCAUUAUCGAACCCUGUUCAGAUUUUCGAACGAAACGGUAAGAAAGUAUACGCGAAAAUUGUUUUUUUUUUACUAAAAUUACAUUCCGUAAUAAUCACACUUGACUAUUUAAACUAAAUCAUUCCAUUAGCAUUUUUUUACGAAUUGGUUGCUUUCGCUCACUUUAUGAAUCGAAUCUCAAUGUUAACAGUAAGCAAUUAAUAUUUUUGUAUUAUAAUUUUAUAAGCUGUAUAUUAAAUUCUCAAGUCUAUUUAGUUUCUACUUGCCAAUAUUUUGUACUAUUGUAUUAGGCAAAAUCCUACAUUUUUUUUAAAUGAAUUUUCUAACCAUCAUCAAUGAAUUUAUCGUAUUGUAAGUUUUAGUUGUAUAGUUGAUUCGUAAUUAUUGCUUAUUUUUGUAAUGCAUAAUCAAAAGUGUUAAAAUUAUGAUAUUUAUCCUAAAUGGCUAUUACUUUACAAUGAUGUAUUUUAUAUUUUAAAUUUCCAAACUAUAUUUUUUCAUAUAAAGAAUUAUACAUAAUGUGCUUAUAGACAUCCUAUCGCCCAUGUUGUUUCAAACGUUGGUUCUAAUAACUAUGGUGACUUCGAUUAUAUUUAUAUUAUUCACCUUUCUGUCACUGUGGGUCAAGAAACUAUAAAUUGGUCAUUCAAAAUAAGUCCUACCUAGCUAAUAGGUAAAUUGGACAACUGUCUACAUUGCCUGAUAUUGUAGCCUAAUGCAGAAAUCGAUUCCUGUUAAUCAUAUGAAUAUGAUGUUAUUUAGAAACUUAGAGUUUUUUAACCAAAUUGUAAAGGUGUAGUUGCGAGGACUCGUGGCAAAUUUCAGAAAUCUAAAGAUUGUAUGUAUGUCAUCCUUGAAUAUUAUUUUAUUGUUCGAUAUUUAAAAUCCUGGAAACUUUCACCACAUGAAAUCAACGAAUCCAAAGUAAUCAUUCGUACGUUAAACACUACUAAAAAUUUUAAAGAUGUCUUCUUUAGUAUUAAUUAGCUAGCUGUUGUCCGCAGCUCCGGCUCCGGCUUAUUAUAAAAAAUGGCCAUGUCACUCUGCAGAAUUGAAACUAUCUCCACAACAAAAAUGACCUCAAUCCAAUUAUCUGUUUUGACGUGAAAGAAGGACAAACAAACAUACUUUUACAUUUAUAAUACUAGUUUUGACUAUUAAAAUUUUGUUUAUAUCCAGCCGAAUACGGAAAAAACUGAUAUUUAGGAAGCUCCGAAAUUCCUAAAUUUGAAAUAGUAUUCAAAUGGUAUAGGUUGUCAUAUCAAACUAUUUUAUAUGAAAUUCGUUUAAUGUUGCAUCAGUGGUUUCAGUAGACCGCAAACCACGUUAUUGAGCCUAACUAAACUUACUACACUAGCUAGCUAUGUGAUCUGUUAUGUUAUCGCUAAAUAUAAUGUUGGUAAUGUAUAUCAAUUUAUAUUUGUGUAACCAUACAAUUUACAUAAAUUAGAAAAAUAUUAAGUAACCAAAUCGGAAACAUUAAAAUUAUAAGUAUCCAAAUUACUACAAAAAGCUCUUUACAUUCUGAAUACAUUACUGUUCUAUAGGAGCCCGUGUCACUAUACAUUACAAUUAAAACUACGGGUCCAAUCCGUUGCACACGGGACUUACGGCAGGUUGUAAAAUUUAUUGUUACAUGUAAACGAACCUUGGAAUUUACAAGUCAUAGCUGCACUACUGUUUCCACGAGUGCCAUUGCCUGAGGUGCACAAAACUAUGUCUUUAUUUGUAGUCUGUGCAUUAAAGGCAUCAUAAUACUUAUAAGUAUUUUAAAACUGCAUUCGACACGAUCUCACCGGGUCGUUUAAUUAUACAUAUUAUUGAACUUUUUGUAUCUAUGUAAUACGAAUAAAUACUCUGUUAUAUUGUUGAUGUAUCAUAAUCAUAGAAUUUGAAUAAAAUUGCAUUAAUACUA